AUGCCCAACAAAGUCGCCAUCCUCUCACACCUGGAUGAAAUGACGGACGAAUGCAGAGACGUCGGCGCUUGCAACACGCUCUUUCUCAAGGAACGCAACGGACACCGCAUCCUCUGCGGCACAAACACGGACGUCAUCGGCAUCAGAGACUCGUUCCACUACAACGUCGCCAACCCCUCGGGCACGUUUCAUAACCGGCCGGCCCUCGUCAUUGGCGGGGGCGGCGCAGCCAGGAGUGCCAUCUACGCACUCCGCAAGUGGAUGAAUGUGACGGACAUCUAUCUCGUCAACCGCGACAAGAGCGAGGUGGACGUGAUGAUGGCAGACUGCUCCUCGCGUGGAUACGGCAAUGGCCUGCGGCACGUCGCGAGUGUCGAGGAGGCGCAUGCCGUCGACGGACCGGGUGCCAUCGUAGCCUGCGUGCCAGACUUUGACCCCCAGACGCACGAGGAGGUUGUUGCAAGACAAGUGACCGAGGUGUUGCUGGACAAGCACCACAAGGGCGCCAUGCUGGAGAUGUGCUACAACCCUUCGCCGUUUACGCGACUGGGCGCCUUGGCCGAGGAAAAGGGCUGGCAGGUGAUUUUGGGCACCGAGGCGCUGAUUUGGCAGGGCCUCGAGCAGGAUAGAUAUUGGACGGGCUUGCGGAUCGACGAGUUGCCCGUGGCCAAGGUCCAACAGGCCAUCGGGGAAAAGGUGGCACAGCGAUCGCAGUCGCGCCUGUAG